AUGGCUUUGCAAGUAAUACAAGUUCAUCUGGUCACGAUCAUCAUCAGCAUCAUCUCCUUGGUAUUCUCAUUGAAGGAAACGAAAGCAUCCACAGCCAAGCCUGGUUGCCCAGAGACAUGUGGGAAUCUUGCCAUUGUUUAUCCAUUUGGUAUUGGAGAAGGUUGCUACCUUGACAAACGUUUUGAGAUCACAUGCAACAACUACUCCAAUCCUCACCCUGUUCUCCGCCUCGACCAGAAAAAAGAAGCUGAAGUUUUGGAUAUGUCUCUGGAACAUGUGAGAAUCAGAGAUUGGACUUCGCCUCUUUGUUAUGCCAAUAACGCAUUGGAAGGGAAAAGCUAUUCCCAGUUCACAUUAGCGCCCCCCAUGGAGCCUUUCAGUUAUUCCCACACUGAAAACAAGUUGAUAGGCAUUGGGUGUGACAUAUUUGCUUACAUUGGCGAUUUCCAUAGUACAAAUUCCAGCAUCAAAAACUUCAUCAGUGGAUGUGUCUCCGUCUGCAAUGGUCAAGGCUGGUCUUGGAUUGAUACUAACUACUCCUGCUCUGGCAUUGGCUGCUGCCAGACUACUUUCCCUAAUGAUCUUCCCAAUUUUUAUGUACGGGUUGGUAACAUGAGCAUCUGGCAAGAGGCCAGGGACUGGUCCUCCAAUCAAUGUGGCAUUGUCCUCAUUGCAGAGAAUAACUUCUCUGGAUUCCACCAAUUUGACAUCUCAUUCUCCAAUCAAAACAUGAAGUACUUUUAUCCUGCAGUGCUUAAAUGGGAAAUCGGGAACAAGUCCUGCCAUGAAACACAAAAGAGAGGAGAUUAUGCAUGUGGCCGCAACAGUCGUUGUGUUAAUUCCAAGAAAGGCAGUGGAUAUAGGUGUCUUUGCAAUCCAGGCUACCGCGGGAACCCCUAUCUUCCAGAUGGCUGCAUAGAUGUUGAUGAGUGCAUGGAGUCGAACAAUACUCUUUGCCAAAAAGGAGCUGUUUGCACUAACACGAAUGGUAGCUACUAUUGCGACUGCCCAUCUGGUUACUACAGAGAUGAUGACAAACCUGAAUAUGAGGGUGUACGCAACAAAGGAAAACUCAAGCCAGCUCUUCUUGUUUCUUCAGGAAUAGUAGUCACUCUUGUUCUUCUCAUCCUACCUUCUAUUGGCUUUUGGUUGAAUCAAGAACUUGAGAAGAGAAAGAAAAGCAAACUCAAGCAGAUGUCCUUCAAGAAGAAUGGUGGUCUUCUAAUGCAACAGCAAAUCUCUUCAAGUAGUAUAGGAAGUAGCGUUGAGAAAACAACACUCUAUACCAUAGGAGAGUUGGAGAAGGCAACAGACAAUUUCAAUGCAGGUAGAGUUCUUGGAAAGGGAGGUCAUGGUAAAGUAUACAAAGGGAUGCUAUUAGAUGGAAGCAUAGUGGCCAUUAAGAAAUCAAUUGUAGUUGAUGAAAGGCAAGUCGUUGAGUUUAUCAACGAAGUUUUCAUUCUUUCACAGAUUAACCAUAGGCACAUAGUGAAACUGUUAGGUUGCUGUUUGGAGAGUGAAGUUCCUUUACUGGCUUAUGAAUACAUCUCCAAUAACACUCUCUCCCACCAUCUCCAUAAUGAGGACCAUGCAUCAACGUUGUCUUGGGAAAAGCGGUUGCGAAUUGCAGAUGAAAUUGCAGGAGCCCUAGCAUAUUUACAUUCAUAUGCUUCUACAGCUAUCUUUCAUAGGGAUAUCAAGUCUAGGAACAUACUGCUGGAUGAGAACUUCAGGGCUGUGGUUUCUGAUUUUGGACUUUCAAGGUUAAUUGCCCAUGAAAAAACACACUUGAGCACAUUAGUGCAGGGCACAUUUGGUUACUUGGAUCCAGAGUAUUUUCGGUCGGGUCAGUUUACAGACAAAAGUGAUGUAUACGGGUUUGGGAUGAUUCUUGCUGAACUUCUCACGGGUGAAAAAGUGAUUUGUUCUAGUAGAUCUGAAGAAAGUCUAGCAAUUCAUUUUAGAUUGGCAAUGAAACAAAAUUGCCUGUUUGAAAUUCUAGACAAGGUGAUAGUGAAUGAAGGUCAGAAAAAGGAGAUUCUUGCUGUUGCUAAAAUUGCUAAGAGAUGCCUGAAGUUGAGUGGGAAGAAAAGGCCAGCCAUGAAAGAAAUAGCAGCAGAUCUCCACCAAUUGAGGACUAUGAAGCAGCCAUCACUUCAGCAGACCUGCCAGGACAACUGCUCUGUAAGUGAAAGGUACUCCAUUUCUUCCGCAUCAACAAGUGCAGUUACAGGAGUAUAUACUUCAAGGCUAGGAGCUAGCUUGCUAAACCAUAUUCCAUGA